AUGUCGCGCCCAUUGAAACAGAGAGAUAUUGCUUGUGCCCGCUGUUUCCGUCUCAAGCGGAAAUGUGACCAUGUGAAGCCUUCUUGUGGCGAGUGUCGCCGUAAAAAUGCAGAGUGUCUACCGACAAGAUCGCACAGAGCUGGAGAUAACAUUACUGUUCCGCUUGCUUACCUGAAGGAGCUUGAGAGAAGGGUGGCUGAAUUGGAAGCGACAUCUCCAGUAACGGGCGGGAGCACACAUACCGAGCUGCGUGAUGUUGGAGUUCAAACUGAAUCGGUGGUGGAUGUUGAUCUUGUGUCAAUUCCCCAUUGGAUACCUUGGGAUACUCCUCGGAAUAUGUCUCUAAAUUGGAAAAAGAGUACGGAUGAAGAAAGUGCUUUGAUACCACUUGAAACACAACCUGAGAUUAUGAUAUCUCGAACGCCUUCAAUUUCUCCUCCAUUGACAGGUGAAUUCGCUCAAUUCAACGAUGUAACAGUUGAAUUUAUUCGCAUAGACCGUCCAAAUCCAAUAUAUCCUCUCAUUGGUGCUGAUCCUCAAUGGCUCAUAGAAUUAUAUGCAAGUAUAUACUUUUCUAUUUCCAAUCGGGAAUGGCCAUUCCUCAAUGAACCAGCCUGGCAAAAGUGGCAAAGAGAAGAAAUUGGACCCGAAGAAUGGCGAAUUUUUUUCUUGAGAAUGGUAUAUGCAAUUGGUGCCUCACUUUGCAGCGCCAUACAGCAAGAUCCCGCGCAUUCAGUCCGUUCAAGAGAAAUGUACGCUUCGGCAAUGAAUUAUUACCCACACGUCGUGGCUCAGCAAUCUAUGGUCCUUCAAGUUCAAGCAUCGCUUCUUCUGAUUGUAUAUGCCUUACAUUCUCCAUCCUCGGACGAGAUCACAACUAGUGUAUCCUCUAUAGUGCCCUUUUGCACAGCGGCCAUGACGGAGAUCAGGAAACGCGCAAUACCAAACGGGAAUGGUGAUGUAACCACCUCAUCUGGUGAAAUUUUAACGGAGAAUAUGUUCAUUGCUUGUUUCAUGUUGAACGUGAUUAUCACUUCUGGGUGGGAUCAACCAGUCUCUGAGGCAUACCGAGCUGUGGAAGAAGAUAUGUGCAUUCUGGGAGACACUAUUCAAACCCCUGUCACUAUAAACCCAGCCCUAGGUCAUCUCUUCCGACUACGAAAAAUUCAAGCAAAUAUCAAAAGAUCCCGAUGGCAGCUUUCCAACGGCAAAGAUGCCUCAAACUCUUCACUCAAGUCCGCCUUGGAUAUAUGGAGGAAUGACAUUCCUCGAUAUGGAACCUAUGAUGUUUCAUCCAGUUUCCAGCACCCAAAUUGGAUGGUGAAGUUGUAUGACUACAGUAUUUUGAUUCUGAUGGAAGAGAAGCGUAAUUUCCUGGACCAUGAAGAUACAGAGGAGAUCUUCUCUGCAGUUGUAGAAGUCUGUCUCAACUUCCGGCGGUUGCAAGGAGAAGGACAUGUAAUGUGCUUUACUUGGUCUGCGUUCGUAUAUCAAUUUCGAGCUGGAAUCACGCUCCUCUACCUGAUUUGGGCGACAAGUCCUCUCACAGACAAAUUUAGCUCCCUACAAAAUGAUACAUAUCAGUCUCCGGAAGCAAUUGAAGCCUGCACUAAGAGCUUGACGUGUUUUGUAGAUCGAUGGAAAGACGCAACCCCAUAUUUGAAGGUAUUUAGAUUCUUGAAAGAAAAAACUUUGUGUAGCGUGAAUACCACGCUUUUGGAAUUUAGCAGUCUUACCCUUGCGGAAAGCGAGUCUUGCCUGGAGCUACUCAAGAGAAAGUACCUGCACAGAGCUAUACUGGGGAUGAUUGAGGAUAUGAUGUAUGCUCCGGGAGAGUUUGUGCGAUAUUAUGCUGUUUCAGAUGGCUUUGAUCCAGAUAUAGCUAUACAUGAUGUUACGAUUUGA